AUGAUCACAGAAGCCCAAAAGGCUGUCACUUUGGUAAGCAAAAAUCAUGCUGACAGUACUAUAUCGCAAAGCUUGAAUGGCAUAAAAAAUGAAGGAGGAAUAAUGCUCAAAGAGACUGAAGAGGCAACUUCCGUUCAAACCCAACUAAUUUCACCCGAGCCCAAGAAGAUACAAUCUAAUGAACUCACGGAGAAUAAGGACUUUAUCAGUUUUGAUUUUUCCUCAGACGAAGAAUCAGAUCAUCAUACAGAGCAAGUUUUAGAACAAGAUGGAAGAAUCGCAGACUACGAUGCUUAUCAGAGUGCUGAUGAAGAAGGUGUACCACUAGAUGAUAAGCCCAUACAACAAUACCCAUGGAUAAAAAACCGGGAUCAUUCCAAACAACUAGAGCUGAGUGACUGGUUAACUUUGGAGAUAAAAGACUUUAUCAAUUACAUUUCUCCCUCGAUAGCAGAGAUUGAAGCUAGAAAUAAUGCAGUCAAGAGAUUAAGGAAAGAAAUCACGACAAAUCUGUGGCCUGACUGCUAUGUCAACGUGUUUGGAUCCUUUGCCACUGACUUGUACUUACCAGGAUCGGAUAUUGAUAUGGUCAUAACGUCUGAUUCUGGAAAGUAUUGUGCGAAAUCAUAUUUGUACCAAUUGUCAUCAUUCCUCAGAAGCAAGAACCUAGGGGUAAACAUAGAAACGAUAGCAAGGGCUAAAGUCCCUAUCAUCAAAUUCAUCGAACCAAGGUCGAAAAUUCAUAUAGAUGUUUCUUUUGAAAAGACGAACGGCUUAAGAGCUGCAGAGAGAAUACAAGGCUGGUUAAGAGAAACCCCAGGAUUAAGAGAACUGGUUUUAAUUGUGAAACAAUUUCUAGCUGUAAGAAGAAUGAACAAUGUUCAUCAUGGAGGAUUAGGAGGAUUUUCUAUCAUAUGUUUAGUCCAUAGCUUCCUCUCCCUGCAUCCGAGGUUAAUUACGAAUUCCAUUGACCCUUUGGACAAUUUAGGAGUUCUCCUCAUUGAAUUUUUUGAACUGUAUGGAUACAAUUUUGGAUAUGACAAUGUCAUCUUAUCAUACAAUCCAACUGUAUGCUAUUUGAAAAAGGAAGAGCAUUCAUACUUGGGCGCAAGUAAUACCUUUGCAUUGGCUAUUCAAGACCCUGAUGACCCCUCAAAUAACAUAAGUCGAAGCUCUUACGAUAUUCGAAAUAUCAAACGAUCGUUUAUUGGUGCUUUUGAACUAUUAACCAACAAAUGUUACGAAUUACAAGCUGCCAGUUACAAGGAAAGAUUAGGCCAGAGUAUUCUUGGUGGAAUUAUACGAUACACAGGAAAAGAAAGAGAUUUUGAAGAUGCACGAGAUAAGAUCAUCAACGAGGCUUAUGUUUCAGUUUCUCGUUCUGAGACUCCACAAGAUAUUUACACAACUGGAGGCUUACCCCCAUUACCGUCAGAACUCAAUAAAGGCAAAGGAAAGAAGAGAAAACGGGACCGACCUACUUUAGAAGAGGAGUAUGCUGACAUUACCGUAGAAUCAUCAGAUUCCGACAUUACUAACGUUGUCAUGCCUCCAGUUCGUAAAAGACGAAAGAGUGGCAAGAAAAAUAAAAUACCCAAGGCUCAAAGUACCGGAGUGAGAGCUGAUAUUUUUAUGAGUCUAGAUGACCAUGAGGAUGAUGAUUACAAGGAGACAGUUGAGAAGGAUAACAAUAGCAAAGCUAUGGACGACGAAGCUGAUGUCAAAGCAAAGCUUGACAGUAGGAGUAAAUCGAAGGUCAGUCGUGACUCGAAAAACAGAUAUUGGCUUGAUAAAGCCGGCUUUUAG